AUGUCAUUCAUUGCUUCCAAGCCUUCAUAUCCGUGGGUCUCUGAAAUAUUAAAGUUCUCUCGCUUCCUUUUUCGUGAAAAGUGUUGUGUCGAUAUAUUUCAUGCGGCAGGAUCUCAUUCGACAUACGUGCAGUUCUGCAGUUUCAUUGUAUCACAUUUCGCAAAUCAGCUGGAUGGUUCUGUAAUUUUGAAAAUCGUUUUAAACGUAACUCAAAAACUAAUAGUUGGUCUGGACCAUGCCACCAAAUUUGUUGCGGCUGGUCUUCAUAAGGCUAUACUUCGUUUUUUGAAUUGUUCAUCGGAUAUGGCUGUGAUACAAGGGUCUUUAGAUAUACUUGGACGAUUAUCGGACUGGUCGGAAGAUUGCCGUUAUGAACUGUGUGCAUCUACUGUGAUAGAUACUUGUAUUCAAUUGAUUCCUGAAGGAGAUUUACUGACUCAAAAAUUAUGCGUCAGUCUCUUGAGAAUUCUAUGUUGUAUGGAGCAAGCAGUUCAGCAGAUUGUUAUAUAUGACGGAGUACCUCUUCUAGUAGGGCUUCUAUCGAUUAAAAAUUCACGACUGCAAUGGCAUGUUGCAUGGUGCUUAGCACAAUUGGCAACAAAUGGAGAAACUAGCUUUGAGAUUGCCCAAAUCGGUGGAAUCAGCUUAGUGUUGGCCCAGCUAGCAGAUAUAACUCCUCCGCCAAGAGGACAGAAUGACUGGCUUGCUAUGCUCAUAGGUGUUUGUGCUUUGCUGGCUCAAUUAUGUCAAGAAGAUGCAAAUCAACAGCUAAUAGUACAGAAUAAUGGGAUAUAUCUGCUAGGGCGUUUACUCCUUCUUCCCAAGCUAUUCUCCAAGCUAUCUGAUAAUCCUUCUACUUUGGCUCUACAGGGAUCAAUCUUCCGGGUUCUCAGGCUCAUUUAUUCUUUGGAAAGAAAUAGAACAUAUUUCAAGAAGAUUUUCACUUCUAGUCUUUUCGAGAAAUUCGUCGAUAUUGGUCACUACGUACAGGACAUAUCCGUCUAUCAAAACUUAGUUAUAAGCUACAACGAUUAUCUGAACUCCAUAUCGAAUUCCGAGUUGCCGUCGUUGUGGGAAGCAACUAACCAGCGGCGAGAGCCAAUUGGCUAUGUUGGCGAGUUUGAACUUUUGGAACAACUUGGAUCUGGAGCUUUCGGAUGUGUUUAUACGGUACGGAAGAAGCUAAAGGACAGAGGAGCUGUACCACAAUAUUUCGCGCUCAAAGAGAUAUUUAAUGUGCAAAUGAGUGAGAAUGAUAAUGACAAAAGCUAUGGUGACAUUAUAAGCGAAGUAAAGAUCAUCAAGCAGCAGCUACGUCAUCCGAAUAUAGUUCGUUAUCGACGAAUCUUUGUUGAGAACAAUCAUUUGUAUAUCGUGAUGGAUCUAAUCGAAGGUGUUUCACUGAAGGAACACAUAACAUCAAUAAAAGAGAAAAGAGAAACAUUUCCUGAAGAACGUGUGUGGAAUUUAAUUAUUCAGAUGGUCCUGGCUCUUCGUUAUCUUCACAAAGACAAACAUAUUGUGCAUCGCGACCUGAAGCCUACCAAUAUUAUGAUUUCCGAUAACGACCGUGUUGUUAUAACGGAUUUUGGGUUAGCUAAGAAGAAAGGUACUGACUACUUGAAAUCAGCUGCUGGAACAAUAGUAUAUAGCUGUCCGGAAAUUGUGCAGAACCUGCCGUAUAGUGAGAAAGCAGAUAUUUGGUCAUUAGGGUGUUGUGUGUAUGAAAUGGCAGCUUUGAAGCCAGCGUUCUAUUCUCAAAAUAUGCUACAAUUAGCAACACACAUAGUGGAGGGAAAGUAUGAUCCAUUAUCAGGAUAUUCCAAUGAUCUUUGCAAUCUGAUCGCGAAAUGUUUGGAAACAAAUCCCAAACGUCGUCCUGAUAUUUCCGAAAUUUCAUGCCAGAUCGGACCUCAGCUCUUAGUUUGUUUGGACGACAUUUUCCGGAUACAUGCAUCAUCUAACGCUGGUAACAAAAAUCAGAAGGAUGAGCGUGAAAUUUCGUCAGCCACUCCUAAUUUAAGGAAAAUGUCAUCAUUGACGUCUUCUUCCAGUUUCAAUGCUGGUACACUCAGCGGUAGUUGUAGCAGUAUGAAAAAGAAGAGCAGUCAAGAAAAAGAAAAGUUAUCAUCUGCUGUUUUCCCACCAAUUUUUUCAAUUGAUAAGCCAGUUCGCAGAUCUAAUGGGAAGUCACAUUCAGCAGGGCAAUCUGGGAGAGGUUCGGCCAUGACAGUGUCUUCAUCACUACCUAAAAUUCAACAAAGUACUGUGGCUACGGAAAAUAUGCCUCAAAGAAAUGAGAACUGGAAGAGCAUGCGCAUAACCUCCAGAGCAUUGCAAAAAAAGAAAGUUCAAUCUUUGAAUACAAAACGAGCCUGGUCUUCUAGCUCAAUAGAUUUGAGGAACAAAACCGAAGGUGUGAAAGUUAGCUCAGCUGCUCUCAAGCCUGUGGCUGAUCCCGUUCUUAGAAUUUUAGACCAGAUACAUCAAGUCAUUAUGGUUAAUUCAUCGACAUCUGCACAGUCGUUUAAUCAUAAGAGGAGACUGAUUGAACAGUUUAAGAGAAAAGUAUUCGCGAAAAGCAGUAAUCCCGAACUCAUAAAGUUUCAUUUUCGUAAAUUAGCUGCAGAAGUUCCAGAAGAAAUAGAUUUAGAUCUCGGGUUCACAGAUUUUAGGCCUGUGCUCUCUGAUAUCCAUGUUUCAGAUUACGAGAUAGAUCGUAAACUGACGAAGAUUACCUAUGAACAGUUAGCAUCUUGCCUUCAAUUACUCUUCCAUGGGUUACCAAUAUACGUUUGUACGAAUAGAUAUACAUUAAUUAUAGUUCAUGAAUACUGUCAAGUAAUGAUUGAUACCCAAAACUUGGCCGAUGGUCUGCGACGUCAUGUUCCGCAAAUAGCUAUAUUGCUGGCUUUUUUACACCAAGUUCUCGAUCACGUACAGACAAUGGUCGAUGAUCUCGAACUAUGUAGCGAAGCAGUUCAAAAAAGAAUAUACAUCUAA